GAUGACUCCUACCAGUCAGUUGUUAAGGCUGCAUCAGUGUUUCACUGCACAAGAAAGGGAAAACCGCCUGCGUGUCAACACAGACUUUAGGGUCCAGAAAAGCUGAAACGACUCGUGCAUUAGACAACACUCGCAGACUCGUCCUCUGAAGUGUCCGAGCCCUUGCGCCAUCCUUGAUUGCAUCUGUUUACGCCGGAUAAGAAGCGGAGGAAAAUCGAUGAUCAGAGGUCAACCUGGUUUAAGAUCCGUGAUGAGAGAGCCAGAGUCAGCACAAGUCUGAGUAGAGACGCAAGCGUCUGCGUGCUGUUUUUCAGACACCGGUGAGCAAGAGGGAGCGGUAUCCAGCGCCAGAUAAACGCCGUAUUGCUCUCAAUUAUGUCUUACUACAACAGAGAACUGGUGGUGUACUUCAUCAAGUACAAGCUCUCGCAGAGAAACUACCCCUGCAACCAUAUCGGGCUCACAGAAGAUGUGAACGGAACCGAAGGAGGCCAGGCGGAGGAAGCGAGCGCCGAGGGAGCGGCAGAAUUGGAAACGCCGACAGCUGUCGUUAACGGCGCCGUAAACGGAACGGGUUCAGCAGGGACUCCUCCGCGAUCGCCGACUUUGUCCCCUCAGAGGCAGGUGAACGGCGGCGCGAGUCUGGAGGCAGUAAAGGAGGCGCUGCGUGACUCGGCCAACGAGUUCGAGCUGCGCUACGCUCGCGCCUUUAGUGACCUGUCGUCGCAGUUGCAUAUCACUCCAGUCACGGUGUACCAGAGCUUUGAGAGCGUGAUGGAUGAGGUGUUCCGUGACGGUGUCAACUGGGGCCGUAUCGUGGGCUUGUUCGCCUUCGGAGGCGCCCUCUGUGUCGAGUGUGUGGAAAAGGAGAUGAGUCCGCUGGUGGCACGUAUUGCAGAGUGGAUGACCGUGUACCUGGACAACCACAUCCAGCCCUGGAUCCAAGAGCAAGGAGGAUGGGAGCGUUUUGCAGAGAUCUUCGGGAAAGACGCAGCAGCGGAGAGCAGAAGGUCGCAGGAAAGCUUCAAGAAGUGGCUGCUGGCAGGGAUGACGUUGUUCACAGGGGUGGUGUUGGGCUCCUUCAUCGCUCAGAAGCGCCUGUAAAGAUUAACGAAGGCGCAGCAUCUGGUCUCCACCCAGUAUACACCUCAGUCAUACAUGAAGGAACUUUUACCCAAUUAAAAGGUUUUUUUUUUGUUGUUGUUUUGUUUUUUGUAUUUGUUUUUGUUUUCUUUGCCAAGAAUUGUCAUGUUUACACCCUCCUCCUCUCGCGGUGCACUGUGGACUGUGUUAGUGGCCCAAGCACAACUGUAAACUUGGUAUACACAGUCCCAACCUGGUGAAAGGCGACUUGCUACUUGGCCCAAAACAGUGAUGUUGCUCAAUAGCAUGAGACACAUAGCUUAAGUGACCUCUUUUUUUUCUUUUCUUUUCUUUUUUUCUCCUUUUUCUUUUUUCUUCUUUAAAGAAUUGUCAAAGACUUUCCAAAUGGAUCACUUAUUUCUGUUUGUUCUUUGUAAAUUCAUUUACUGCUUUAGUCUUUUAAAAUAUACACGAUUAUUUUAUCUUCAAAGAGUACAGCGAGAAGCAAUGAUACAGAUCUCUUUUGAGAACCGAGUUUAUAAGUGAAGCACCUGCUCCCAGGUUCUGGAUGGAGGCUCAGUUCAUGUUUUGGAUCCUUCAGAGGCUUUGAUAAAGGAUUAGCAGACACGUUCAAAACCUUGCACUACAGUUCAAGUCCUUUCUGAGUCUACUGUGCGAGUUCAUCGCAUAACAUGGCCUCUUUAACCAGGAAGGGGCAAUGAGGGGGGAAGGGAUUAAUGCUUAGCAACUUUAGUCAUCUUUGCAAGUCAAUUCUGUAGCAAUUCUGUAGUUUAGUAUAAUUUAUGUCAGGAAAAAUGCUCCGGAAACGUGUGAUUGCUAUGUACGGGAUUAACGCUGAGGCUCCGGAGCUCUGGUGAAGCUUUUCAUUUUUCUAAAUGACUCUCUGAGUUAAUAUAUGAGAGUGUGCUCUGAUAAAAGAGCAACCAAGUUAAAUUUAAAGCAUUUCUUUUUUUUAAUGUUUCAUUAUUAAACCUAAAUUGGUUAAAAUUGUAGUAACUUUCUUUACACCAUUGGGAGUAUUGUAAUGAGAGCUAGAGCUGGCCCUGUCCUCUCUGUUAUUGUUGCACCGCUGCAUCAUAAACGCAUAACAUGUAAUAGACGAAGCUUAGAUUAAAACACAUCUCGACAAGUGUCUACUGUGUCUUGUGUGGUUUUGGUGGUGGUUUAUGUUCUAUUUGGCUUUAAAAGUUGAGAAACCCAUCAGAGCAGGUUGUAGAUGAGAUGCUUAGUUAAGUCUAGCUUGCUUUAGUUCUAAUUAACUUAUCAACCAGUGAUUAGUAGUAAUUCUCGAAAUGCUAUUUUGCUGUGACUGUUAGUGAGUGGGUGGGUGCUUCUAUUGUAAGUGUAUGUCCUUGUUUAUUUACCGUGAGCAUCAUUUUAUUUUGCUGUUUAAAAAUGAAUGAAUUUUGCGCACCAUUUUUCAAGCAUUUUUCCCCAGACGUGCUUGAAAUCCUAACGGCUCGAGCGUUUGUUGUGUGUGAGGGUGCUCAUAAAGGGGUCAAAAGUAUGUAUGGAAAGAGAAAUGUGCCACUGCAAUCAAUCUCAAUGAAAUUUGCAAUUAUGCCUUUGUUUGAAUUAUUUGGAAUUUUUGUUUUUACAUCAAAUUGAAAUUGUUUUCCAUGGCAUGAGUGUGUGUGUUCAAGGCUUCAGGUUCAGUUUUAAUAAUAACCAGGUGUAGAAAAGUCAAAUAAAACAUGUGGGGACACAAUCUAUUCCCAAUGCAAAUGUUCAGAUUCAGAUUUUUGAAUUUGAAAUGGAUUGUACCACCAUUGCGCUUAGUGUUUCCAAGCUACGCUCUGGAUCCACCGUGAUCUUGACCAAUGUAAAGUGAGUGAGUGAGUGAAUGAAUGCAUGCACCUGAUUAAUAUAAAAUUGAAUUUGAAACCUUGCGCACAUGUAAGCAAACUACAAAAUGCCACUUAAUAAUUCAAACGAAGGCACACAAAUUCAGAUUGCAUUUUUCAUUCCAUAGGUAAGGACCAUUUUCAAGGAGAUGCACUGGGAAUGUAAAGUGUCUGGAUUAACUAAUCAGGGGGCUCAGAAUUCCUCCUGCAACACCUGGGAAUGAAAAUUCCCAUUCAGUUCCAUGUCAACGGCUACAUCCAUCCGAGACCGCGUUAAGUAGUCUGUCAACAUACUACAGUCAUGCAUAUGUGGUGUAUUAUGUGCCGUAGCCACUGCGGAGACAAACCUCUGGAUUGUUAAAACGAUUGCUAUGGGACACUUUUUAUUUUUAUUUUUUAGAAUUAUAAAUUGUCUUGUCAUUUAGUUGAAUGAAACGGCCUUUGAGCCCAACAGACUGUCUCUCCCCGAUAUCUCAUUCUCAUCUGCCAUCUCUACGUCUUUACUGCUGUGUUUAAUUGUGAGUUAGUCGCUUUUGCUGUCCUGGCGGCUGAAGCUGCUCGUCACUCAGUGAGGCCACCUGCUGCUCUGCACCUUACACUGACCAGAAGCAAACACACUUCGCAUCAAAAUACAUUUUAUUCAAAGAGUUGGAAAGAGUUAACGGUGUUCGGCAAGCGGGUUCAUUUUGUCAUCUGAGAAGAAUUCAGGAAAGCGUUCAAGGAGCACGAGAUAACAUCUCUCGGGCCGAAUCCCAGACAGCCUCCUACUUUCUAUAUAGGUUCGCUGUAUAGGGUGUGAAAUGAAUGAAUGCCGUUUUCAUACCUGAUCUAGUGAACUACAAGCUCACUGGGGAAAAGUUGACUAGCUAAAAUAGAAAUCCACUAGUCUGCAAAUCCAGUCAUCUACAAAUACCUAGUUUGUUUGUUUGUUGUUUUUUUUGCAUAUCUAAAUAAAUGAAUAUGAUUAAUGUAUAUCAUGUUGUCAAACUUUCAGACAAGAAUAACAUAAUUAAGAGGUACAUUUUACUGCAAACCCAGCUGAACAAUGCCAAGCUACAUGCUGAGAAGAUCGAGAGAUCUGGGAUCUUCAACUGCCUAAAAAAAAAAAAAAAUGUAUAUUACAGCUGCUCUAUAGACACUGAUAUAACAGAAUGCAUUCCAUACAAAGAAAAUUCGCUGCUUGCAUGCUGUGUGUGUACGUGUGUGUUUACCAGAUGAGAAAGGCUGAGUGUUCUGUGGCGCUCAUGUAUAAGAACAGCUUGGCAGAGUGAAAUGACCUUGGCAGGACACUAUGUAAACUAGGUAACUUAAAUUACAUUUAGAGUAGCAUAUUAGCAUAGCUAAAAUAUUUAAAGCCUUUUGGAUGUCUUGAAAAUAUUUAUAACACAUAGUGUUCUUUCCUAUGGCCUUAAACUCCAUUAUUUCUUUGAGGUGUUUUGUUACUCACUGUGUUUGUACUUAAUCAAGUUCACAUGAAAAUAAGUAAAAAAGAAACUAUUUUUUUAAAAGGCGUUUGGUUUAUUUAAAAAAAAAAAAAAAACCCCACCAUCCCCCCCAAAUUGAAUGUUUUAUGUCUUAGGAGGUUUUUUUUUUAAAUGUCUGAUAUCAUCAAAAGUCAAUAAAGAGAAAUCAGAAAGGA